CAGCUCGCCUUACGCCGAGGGCCAUUCCUCGACGUUCUGGCCCACCAAAAACGGCGCCUCCGUUCCCUAUCCAGCCGCGACAAAAAUAUAACACCAGAUACAAGACGCGCACAUCGAUCGACUGCUGCCCGUCUGACCAACCCCUCAGAUGUCGCAGCGAGAAUACCAUAUUGUGGUCCUGGGAUCCGGCGGGGUGGGCAAGAGCUGUCUGACUGCACAAUUUGUCCAAAACGUCUGGAUCGAGAGCUAUGACCCUACCAUUGAGGAUUCGUACCGGAAAGCCAUCGAGGUCGAUGGCCGUCAUGUUAUUCUGGAGAUUUUGGAUACAGCAGGAACCGAGCAGUUCACUGCCAUGAGAGAGCUCUACAUGAAAACCGGCCAAGGCUUCCUCCUCGUCUUCAGCAUAACAUCCAUGUCCUCGCUCUACGAACUCACCGAGCUCCGCGAACAGAUCCGCCGCAUCAAGGAAGACGACAACGUGCCCAUGGUCCUCGUCGGCAACAAAUCCGACCUCGAGGAGGACCGCGCCGUGCCGCGUGCCCGCGCCUUCAAGAUCUCUCAAGACUGGGGAAACGUGCCCUACUACGAGACGAGUGCACGGCGACGCGCCAACGUCGAUGAAGUGUUUACGGACCUCUGCAGGCAGAUUAUGCGCAAGGACCAACGGCUAGAAGAAGAUUACGCCCCGAAGCAUGUGAGAACGAAGGGACGGCCGAAACACGGACACAAACAGGGGAGCCGGAAGCAUCACACGCGCUGUACGAUUCUGUGACCCGACUUUGAUCUUGGAGUGGUUUUCUUUUCCCGGGUUUUGUUUUGAUGAAAAAGCAUGAUAUCCUGUAACCUCUAGGCCCCUUUCUCUCGGGCACGUUCGGAGCCCU